GAGAGAAAGAAAGGGUGAAGUGAAGAGAAGAAAAUCAAAAUCCAUUGAUAUUCAUUUUACGAAACGGAGCAAAACGAAAGUGGUUGGCAACCUUUGGAGUCAAUUUUUUUUAUUAAAUAAUUGAAUUGAAUGGGAUGAGCUGUUUCUUUUGGUAUUACAAACGUUCAAUAAUAAAUACAUUCCCGUACAAUUACGCUUCAUUCUUUGCUUAAAUAAUUUAAUCAUUCCAGUUAAUACAUAUAUAAAAUACAUAUAUCUGACUCUGUUGGGUGGCAUCAUUAUCAUCAUCAAUGGCGGGAGAAGGCAGCGGCGGUGGUUGUUCUACACCGGACGAUAAUCCAUCCCAAAAAAAUAGGAUUAAGUUUUUGUGUAGCCAUGGCGGAAAAAUCCUACCCAGGCCAGCCGAUGGCCACCUCAAGUACGUAGGUGGAGAGACGCGAGUCAUUGCCGUUCCCCAAGAUAUUACAUUCUCAGAAUUAGAUAAAAGGCUUUCGGACAUGAUUGAAGGGGAUAACAUGACAAUUAAAUACCAAUUGGCCUCUGAGGAUCUUGAUACCUUGGUCUCUGUAAGAAAUGAUGAUGAUCUAAAGCAUAUGCUUCAUGAAAUCGAUCAUCAGGACACCGAAGGUUACCCAAAGCUACGUACUUUCUUGUUCCCUUCUAAGCCAAUCAUUGUUCUAGACAACAAUCCAUCUGCUUUAAUGGAACCCCAUUCCCUUGAGCAGCGUUAUAUUGAUGCCGUUAAUGGCGUGGUUCGUACCACCAGGAGACCCAAAUUUGCUUCUAGCGUUAUACACACACCUACCUUUACCAUUUCCUCUACUUGUUCUUCUCCACAUUCCAACUCUCCAGAGCACCAAGGUAUUGAAUCUGUUGUGCCUGUUGUGGCAGGACCUGAAAUGCUUUUAAAUGGUUAUCAGAGGAGUGGUAAUAUGCAUAGAGUUCACAGCUCUCCAACUCUUUAUCGUUCAAACAGUCCUCAGCGAAACAAUAAUGUUCCUCGUCCUCAGGCCUAUCACUAUGGCCCUUCCCACCAAAACUUCCAUGGUUGCCAAUCCUCUAAAUUGCUGGGUUGGGAUCUUCAAAAAGCUGCAGCCACUGAGCGGAUGGUUCCGGCUGUGUCUAUGGCCCGAGGCGAGUUCAGAAGAGGAGUCUUGGGUCACGGAGUGGAUCAUCAGUACCACUAUGCAAAUAGGCAUCAUAGAGGGACUGGAGGAGGAGGUGCAUAUGAUGAUUUUCUAUCUUAUGGUAAUUGUCAUGGGAUUGAUAGAGAAGAGAGUCUUCCCAAGAGUCCCAGAAAGAAAUUUUGGGACUAGAGUCAUGUUGUUAGUAUCUAUGUCUGAAACUGGGAUAUCUGUUUUUUUGUACAAACGAUUCAUUUUUCUUUGCCACCUUUGUUUUGAAGAUUGUAAGGUUAUAUUUGGGUGUUAAUAUUAGUCUUGUUGUUUUGAUAUUUGAUACUCUCUAGGCUGAUGUGUAAUAUUGAACUGUAUUCCAUAAGACAAAUGAAUGCUGCAGUGAGUGAAGUACAUCAGAAUUUUUGGAAAGUUUGAAGUACAAGGUUCCUAUAUUUAUUUUUGUAAUAUUGGAGCUGUAUUCUUUGACUUUGAUUGGUAAAAUUUAAGAUUGAAUUGAAUUCCAUAACAGUUAAAUGUAUUUUUAACUAAUUUUAUUAA